ACGCUGUGUACCUGCUGCUAGUAGGUCUCAGCGCCGCAGAGCAGACAGACACACACUUUAGGUCUUUGUCUUCAACAUUUAGUUAGAAAUCUGCCGCACAACCGGAGGAGGUCAUAUCUACACUUUUAUCUCAACUAUACCUGAGCGCACUUUGGGAGCAGACUUGCUCCAACAACCCGACAGAGCUCCGCGCGGAGGAAUGCACUUCAACAACGCCGAAAAAGACAACAACUCCGCGUGAGGAUGGACGGCUUACAUGUUGCCCGUCUUUCGUCAAACCGUAGGCCGUCUCUGGGGGCGCUCCCACCCGAUGAAAACGCUCCUGUGGUUGGGAGAGCUCCGUCCCAGGUGACGGUGAAGAGACAGGCCGUGAAGAGACACCACCACAAACACAACCUGAAGCACAGGUACGAGUUUCUGGAGACACUCGGGAAGGGAACCUAUGGCAAGGUGAAGAAGGCCAAGGAAAGAUCCGGCAGACUGGUUGCCAUAAAGUCGAUCAGAAAGGAGAAGAUCAAGGAUGAGCAGGACCUGGUUCAUAUCCGCAGAGAAAUUGAGAUCAUGUCGUCACUCUGCCAUCCACAGAUCAUCACCAUAUAUGAAGUUUUUGAGAACAAGGACAAAAUUGUGAUUGUGAUGGAGUACGCCAGCCGAGGAGACCUGUACGACUACAUCUGUGACAAGAGGAACAUCUCUGAGCGGGAGGCCAGGCAUUUCUUCAGACAGAUUGUAUCAGCUGUGCACUACUGCCAUCAGAAUGGAAUAGUACACCGGGACCUGAAACUGGAAAAUAUUUUACUAGAUGGGAACGGCAAUGUGAAGAUCGCAGACUUUGGCCUGUCGAACCUCUACCACGGCGACGAGUAUCUCCAAACCUUCUGCGGCAGCCCUCUGUAUGCUUCCCCAGAGAUCGUCAAUGGACGGCCGUACCGUGGACCAGAGGUGGACACUUGGUCUCUCGGUGUGCUGUUGUACACUAUGGUUCACGGCACCAUGCCAUUCGAUGGACACAACCACAAGUCACUGGUCCAACAGAUAAGCACUGGAAACUACCGGAAACCCACCAACCCCUCUGAUGCUUGUGGGCUUAUCCGCUGGAUGCUGAUGGUAAAUCCUGAGCGAAGAGCCACAAUAGAGGAGAUCGCAGGACACUGGUGGCUCAACUGGGGCUACCAGCAGCCAUUACUGUCUGAGACAAAGAGCAGUUCAGCAGAGCAGACAACUUCACCAGCCUCUCCAUCAACAACACACCCUGCUGGGCUGGCUGGUGUUGCUAGUUGGCUGCGGCGUACAUCCAGGCCUUUACUGGAGAACGGCUCCAAAAUGCGCUGCCUGCUCCGCUCACAGGGAGGCGGAGGGGAUGUAGUCCGGCAGCGCUCUCUGCGAAGGUCACGAAAGGAGAACAACGUCUCCCAGACCGUUCAUGAAGUAAACACAGACAGUCGGCCCUCCAAGGGGAUUUUAAAGAGGCGCAACAGUGUGAAGCAGAAAGCGAUGAGUGAAACCGCUGCUGUGGAGCCACAGAAGAUGUUGGACUUGUCUGCACCAGCUAAUGCGCCUUCAUCUGCACUGCUGCCCCGCAAAGGUAUCCUAAAGAAGCCCACGGAGCAUGAGUCGGGGUACUACUCCUCCUCUCCAGAGAACAGCGACUCUGGCUGGACACCACAAACUAAAGAGUGCCCCUCAGCUCCGACCCACAGGAAGGGCAUCCUCAAGCGCAAUGGAAAGUUCUCGUCAGAUCGGCUGCAGGAGUUUGGCUCUCUGGACCAGCUGGCAGCCUCUCUACCACGCGGAGGCACCAGGUUAAGACCGAGUGGGGCCAUCAGCGAGGACAGCAUUCUGUCUUCUGAGUCCUUCGACCAGCUGGAUCUGCCAGACCGCGUAGGACCUCCAGCGCAGAUAGAUAAACCAGCCAAGGCGAUUAUGAGAGGAUGCGUGUCUGCUGACAACCUGCUGGACAUCAAAGAAGACGGGAUCCUUGGGGACGGGUCGCUGCGGUCCUGGAACUGCUACCAGUCUGGAGUGGCUGACAGUGCCUUCUCCAUCACAGACUGUGACAAUGUAACAGAGGCUUACAAACAGGCCUUGGUUAUACGAGGCUCUGCAGCAAGCUGAAGAGCAGGAAUCGGUGAUGAACACUGACUAAAGACUUGUUUUUAAGUGACUGUAAACUACUGAAGACAGGACAGCCAAAGUGCAUUAAAUAAAAUGACCAGCACACUGUAGUCAUGAUGGUUUUGGCUAACUUCAGGAAUUGCACAGUACCAAAAAGGCUUCUUGUUAAACGGAUUGUAUUUUAGGCAAUGAUUGAUAAAUGUGUUUAUGAAGAGCUUGUAAUUAGAGUUUGAGUAAAACCAGAUGGCACAGUAUUGAAAAUGUCCAUUUCAAAGAUCCUCAGGAUAAGAAAGCUGCUGCUGGUCAAUCAGAGCUCAUUCAAUACAAGAGCUCACUAUCAGAAGUGGAGUUAAUGCAAAAAGCCACCCUGAAACCAAAACUCUGGUCUUCAAAGUCAAAACUGUUUGUUCAGCAGUGACCAUAAACUAGGGAACUGACACUUAGAGUCACAAUAGGACUGUUGUUUGAAUAUUGCUUAAUCCACAAAGUGUCUUUUAUGGUCAACAGGACAGCUGGAGAAAGUGUUUAUGACUUUACAGCACUUUUGGAUUCCAGCUGUGUGAGAGCUAAUCAUCCGUCAGCCUUAUGUUUAUCUACGAUAACCGAAAUAACGCACAGGGUCAAUGUUAGGAAGGGUAAACUACAGCUUUUUACUGUGCUUUAGGAUGUGGGGAAAAUUACAUUUCUUGGAUACCAAAGAGCAAAUUUUCUAAUGUCAUUGGACUUUUAUUUUUUUAUUUAAAGCGACAGCAAAAAGUGCCAAGAGGAUGUUUGUUGUGACAGGGACUUCAGCUCUCAAAGAGUGUUUAUUUCUUUUGAAAUGACUCGUUCUAAGUUUGGAUAAUGACUUGAAUAAUAAUCAUGACUAAUAUGACUCACAACCAGUAGAACCUGCUUUUCGCUUCAUAGCCUGUGAUGAUACAAGUGCUCCGGUGACCAUUAACUCUGUGUGCAGGUGGCAGUUUCCCAGGAGGGUGGGGCUCAUCCAAUCACUCAACCAAACACUUUUGUUUUUUUGAAGGUCACUCAUUUAAAUUUGCAAUACAGUGACGUGUUUUGAAAGUGAACAAUGAGCCCCAGAUAACUACUGUAUGCGGUGUAAAAUGUGAAACCUUUCAGCGGAAUUUUUAAGAUCAAUCAUGGAGCUCAGGUGUGUUGAACUUUGCAUUUUAAUUUAAAAUAUCUAGACGCCUGUGGUGGUACAGUAUUUCACAAAGCCGGAUUAGAAGUUCAGCCAUUUAAAUGUUAAUAAAUGUUUAACCUGGUGACUCAAAUAGUAGACGAAACUUAAAUAUCAGGUUUUAGAAGUAAAAUCAUGAAUUAUGCAUGCACAUGAUGAUCUUUAAUUGGGUUUGACAACAUAUCUGGUUUCUACUCCUGCUUUAUGAAAUACCUCCUGGUGAUCAGAGGAAUGUACAACAGUAUGUUUGUUUCUGUUUGAAAUGUCAUACUGCACACUUGAGUUACUGAAUUUGAUCGGCAUGCUGGCAUCAAACUAGAACAUCCAGCUGGCGCCUGGAACAGCACUUUAUCAGAGCAUCGAAACCUGAUAUAACCAUGCAAUUUAUUAAUCAGCCGACAAUGAAGUAUUGAGUUCUUGCAAUAAAAGUUGCACAAGGCAGCACCCAGAGGCUGCAAAACCAUGCUGUUGUUCAAAAACUGGAAUGUAAAAACUGGAUUUUUUUGUUGUUUUUUUUCAUCAGGGAUGUAAACCUUUUACAAAAAUUAACCAGGAAUUGCCUUAUUUCAACUGGAAGUUGUUGUCAUUCAUUUCUAAUCAGUCACAGAUUACUGAUCAUUUAUUAUUGAAGUGUGACACAGGGGAAGAUGGUAUAAAAUUGUAUCUGUUUAUUUUUUUUAAGCAUUUGGGCAUUUCAUCACGUUUUCCUUUCCCUCCCCUUGUCCCAGAAGUUGCAGUUAUGCAGGCUCUGUUAAUAUUUUUUUUCAUUAACAGAAAGAAAAAUCAUGUUUGCCAAAGUUUCUCGGCUUAUCAUUUGUAUGACUGAUCUGCCAUGCUGUUGUGACCGCAAUGAGGAAAUCAAUAAAAUAACACAAGGAACUCAA